AUGCGCAAGGAAGUUUCCGGCCCGCAACUGCCAGCAUCUCUAUAUAAACCCCUCUCAACUCCCACCUUUGGCUUCCCACAUGUAACUACCUCUGUUCCGUCUUCAGACACGCUCUCUCUUCAGCUCCUUCCAACUAGUUGGGAAAAGACUGUGGACUGCCACAGCCCUGGACAGGGGUUGAUGCCUGCCAGUUUUAAAGUUAAGGCUGUGCCUCUUGAAGGAAGAAAUGGAGAAUUUGAGGAUGUUUUGGAUCCUGAUUUUGGUGAAUCUGCUAUUGGACGUGUUGCACCUGUUGAUUCUGGUUUGUGGUGGAUAAUUCUGUUGAGAGCUUAUGGAAAGAUCACUGGGGAUUAUUCUCUGCAAGAGAGGGUUGAUGUGCAGACAGGCAUCAGAUGGAUACUCAAUUUGUGUUUGACUGACGGUUUUGAUAUGUUUCCUACUCUCUUAGUCACUGAUGGGUCCUGCAUGAUUGACAGAAGGAUGGGUAUUCAUGGCCAUCCUCUCGAAAUCCAAUCUUUAUUUUAUUCAGCUCUACGCUGUUCCCGUGAGAUGCUUACUGUCAAUGAUUCAACAAAGAAGCUAGUUGCAGCCAUCAAUAACCGUCUCAGUGCGCUUUCUUUUCACAUAAGGGAGCAUUAUUGGGUGGACAUGAAAAAGAUCAACGAAAUAUAUCGAUACAAGACAGAAGAAUACUCAACCGAGGCGAUCAACAAAUUUAAUAUAUAUCCAGAGCAGAUUCCAUCUUGGCUUGUGGAUUGGAUACCUGAGAAUGGUGGAUACUUUAUUGGCAAUCUACAACCUGCUCAUAUGGAUUUUAGAUUUUUCACGCUUGGAAAUCUUUGGGCUAUUAUAUCAUCGCUGGGAACGCCUACGCAAAAUGAAGGUGUAGUCAGUUUGAUUGAAGACAAAUGGGAUGACCUUGUGUCAGGCAUGCCUCUUAAGAUAUGUUAUCCGGCUUUGGAGUACGAAGAAUGGCGCGUUAUCACAGGCAGUGACCCUAAAAAUACGCCAUGGUCUUAUCAUAAUGCUGGGUCGUGGCCAACACUGCUGUGGCAGUUCACGCUGGCUUGCAUGAAGAUGGGCAAACCGGAAUUAGCAAGCAGAGCAUUGGCUUCGGCUGAGAAAAGGCUUCUCGUGGAUCAGUGGCCCGAAUAUUAUGAUACCAGGCGUGGAAGGUUUAUAGGAAAACAGUCUCGACUUUAUCAGACGUGGACAAUUGCUGGAUACCUUACCUCUAAAAUGCUACUGGAAAAUCCAGAGAUGGCUUCAAUGUUGUUUUGGAAUGAAGAUUACGAGAUUCUGGAGAACUGUGUAUGCGGGCUGAACAAAAAUGGGCGGCGAACAAAGUGUGCACGUGUUGCGAGUAGAUCGCCUAGUAGUAUGUCUGAACCGCUGCCACCACAAAUAAAGGAGACGCACUGCUGAGAUGCUUCGUCGUUGGCAUUACCAGUGGAAAUAAAUAAUGCCGUGCUGACAAUAAUAAUAAUUAUUGUGUAUUCCAUUUGACAUAACAGAAGCUGCUGCUUUUUGACAUGUUAUAAGGUUCUGGGAAUGAACAAACGCAAUUGUAUUCUUGUCAACGUAGAGACCAUCAUUUUAUGCAAGCAGCGGUGUUGGUUUUCAUUUCAUCUUUGUCGGCCUCAGCAAUGACAUAUUUUCUUACUUGC